UAGGACUAAAAUAUCUGUUACAGAUUCAAUAAAUUUUGCCAAUAUAAUAUCUGUUACUGAACAAUAUAAAACACCAAAGAAGAUAUGGUUGAUAGAGAUAGACAAAAAAAUAUAUCAGAAAUGGAAGGUGUUGAAGUUGAUCGACCAUUAAAAAUUCACUUCAUUCCAUAUUUAGCAUCUGGACAUAUGAUCCCUCUUUGUGAUAUAGCAACUUUGUUUGCAUCACAUGGCCAACAAGUCACAAUCAUCACCACUCCCUCCAAUGUUGAAACCCUUACCAAAUCUCUCCCAUCCAUCCUCACCCUUCACACUGUCGACUUCCCCUCCGAACAAGUCGACCUCCCUAAAGGCAUUGAAUCUAUGUCCUCCACCACUGACCCCAUUACCUCUUGGAAAAUUCACAAUGGUGCAAUGCUCCUCCAUGGACCCAUUGAUGAUUUUGUUGUGAAUAAUCCACCUGAUUGUAUCAUUGCCGACUCUUCUUACUCAUGGGGUAAUGACUUGGCUCGUAAGCUACAAGUACCCAAUUUCACAUUCAAUGGAUCCUCUCUUUUUGCUGUCUCCCUCAUGGAAUCCCUUAGAAAAAACAAUUUGCUUCAUACCAAUUCUGAUUCUGAUUCGGAUUCAAGUUCGUAUGUCGUUCCAAAUUUUCCUCAUCGUAUCACCAUGUGCAGUAAACCGUCAAAGGUUCUCAGCAAAUUCAUAGGAUUGAUGCUUGACACAGUGUUCAAAAGUACAGGCUACAUUAUCAACAACUUUGUUGAACUUGAUGGAGAAGAGUGUGUCCAACACUACGAGAAAACCACGGGUCACAAGGCUUGGCAUCUUGGUCCAACUUCUUUUAUUCAGAAAAACAUUCAAGAGAAAGCAGGGAGGGGAAAUGAGGGUGCUGCGAGCGAGCACGAGUCCCUUAGCUGGCUCAACUCACAGCAAGUUAACUCAGUGGUGUACAUAUGUUUUGGAAGCAUAAAUCAUUUCUUUGACAAACAACUAUAUGAGAUUGCAUGUGCAGUAGAAGGAAUGGGUCACCCAUUCAUAUGGGUUGUUCCUGAGAAGAGAGGGAAAGAAGAUGAGACUGAAGAAGAGAAAGAAAAGUGGAUGCCGAAGGGAUUUGAGGAGAGAAACAUUGGAAAAAAGGGUUUGAUCAUUAGGGGUUGGGCCCCACAGGUUAAGAUAUUGAGCCACCCUGCGGUGGGGGGAUUUAUGACACAUUGUGGGGGAAACUCAAUUGUAGAGGCUGUUGGUGCGGGAGUUCCAAUGAUAACGUGGCCGUGUCAUGGAGAUCACUUAUUCAACGAGAAACUAAUAACACAGGUCCGAGGAAUUGGAGUAGAAGUAGGUGCAACAGAAUGGUGUACAAAUGGUAAUGGGGAGAGAAAGAAGUUGGUUGGCAGAGAUGGCAUAGAGAAGGCUAUGAGGAGAUUGAUGGAUGGUGGUUAUGAAGCUGAAAAUAUGAGACUACGUGCACGAGAGAUUGGAGAGAAGGCUAGACGAGCUGUUCAAGAAGGUGGUUCCUCUCAUAAUAAUUUGUUAUCUUUGAUCGACGAAAUUAAAAGAUUUAGAGACUGCAAGCCACAUGAUUAAUUAAAGGAGUAUUGCAUGUGUUUUCUGAAUUUAUCCUAAUAACGUCGUUGUUUCGUUAAGAAGAAGUGUGAAUGCUAUGGAUUCGGUUGAUGAAUUUCAAGUCUGAUUUGAGGUGGUCGGUGCUAUCGGUUUUCUGGUUCGGUGUUGCUGCAUCAAUUGGUUUCUCGCAGCAAUUGCGGAGGUGGCUCUUGUUCUCAGAUAAUUGAAGCUAGUUUGCUGCUAUUGCCUUGUUUUGCUUGGGGCAGGGAGCGCCGAUGUUUUCUGGACUUGACUGGUAGCUGUAGUCUCGUGAAUGUUGUCGUGUUGUUGUUCAUUGAGGUUGUAGUCAUCUAGUAUCUUACGUGGUUGUGUCAUUGCUUCAUCUUUAGUUUUGUAGUCUGAUGUAAUUGUGGUAGUAGUAUUCAUGCCUGUGUUUCCAUUGUUUGUGUGUAGCUAUCAUCUUUCUGCUCUUAAUGUGUUUAUACAUUGAGCAAGCCACCACUUUAUCAAACUUUUGUAUCUUUCUUUUUGAUCUAUCUUUUAAUAAGGUCUACUUGUUUCCAA